CCUUGUCCCUCCUGUAGGGAAGGUAGUUGUUUCUGUUCUGAGUCGAGGUUGGUGAUAAAGAAGCAAAGCCAAUGUUUCGAUGAUGGUAUGGUAGUUAAUUUUGGAGUUUUUGCUCUUUCGAUUGAAUGCUUUGAGUACUCUUCGUUUUCAAUAGUGGGGCCAUUCGUCUUAUGGCUGAGAAACACUUUGUUGGACUUUUGCGUGCUCUUUCGUUUUUACGACAAGUUGGUUUAUUUGUCUCACAAACAUUGAAGAAUCAUGAAUGAUCCUGAGCUAUCCGAUCUCAUGGCCUAUGCCAUGUCCCUGAACCCCGUUUGUCCAUAUCAUCCGCGUCCAGAGAAAAGAAAGGAGAUAUUUUCCCAGCCAUCCUUGCUUCUCAUUCCGAAGGAGAAAAAGAGAGGAAGUUGAACUUUGACAAAAAGGAAACGCCGAUCGCUAAAAUGCACAAGAUGAACGCACAUACACAGAGCCACUCGCGACCCCCCAGA